GAAGAACUCAAAAGGCUCCAGCACACCUUGGGACAGGUCAAUGAUGGCAAAGACUUGCUUCAAAGCCAUCACCUUGCCAUGGAUGAAGAAAAUAAUAUUGAAAAAUAUCAUAUCAACUUACAGCCCUUGGAAUCAAAAGUGAAAAUCAUCCAGCGAGCAUGGCGAGACUACCUGCAGCGCCAGGACCUGCCACACCAUGAGCAGUUGGACAAGCGCAGUCCCUCCCCACCAUCCCUCUCCUCUGACAAGAUGAGCAGGUCCAUCAGCAUGAACACCUUUUCUGACAGCAGCACGCCGGUGAGUACAGCGAUUGGGCCCAUUUUCCUAUUUGCUGCUUUUCGUUGGGUUCCUUUCUAG